ACUUCGGUUAAUGCAGUCGGUGCUCUUAUCAACGAAUGUUCAACAAAUAAAACAAAUUAAUUAAAAGAAUUCUUUUCAAUUUCUAAAAUGUCCAAUUGAAUAUGAAAACUUGGCACUUACUUGUGAAGGCGGCAUGAUUAGUUUCGGUUCCAAUACUUGGUUUUGGGGGAUGCAGCGCUGUGUUGUUUGCUGAAAAAAAGAGUAAAUAAUUAGAACGAAGGCGACCUAAUGCCACACAACAAUAACAAAAAACCAACAACAACAACUUGUAAAUAGUUUCUAUUAGAGUUUUAUAGGAGACGGCGGAAACUCCCCUAUGUGUGGUGCUAUUUUAAAACACCUGUUGAAAUUUAGAUCUAUAUAUAGCUGUGUUAAUUGGUGGGUCGGCAGCAGUUAGUAAUAUAUUUGUAUUUUAAAAUCCGAAGAUAACGUGGCAAAGUCCUUAGUUUUCAAAUGGCCUCAAACGAUUUGUGGGUUAUCGUAAUCUAUUUAUUGGUAUCCGUUUCGGCUAAGGUUCGAAACAGUGAUGAUGGAUUUUUGGUGGGACAAGAACAGCAACCUUAUCAUGUUGAAGAGCUAAGUCAUUCCCAUUUCCAUGAAGUGGCCCAUCUUUCGAAUGUAAAACAUUUAAAGCAUUCGGUAAAGGAAAUAUUAAUACCACGCAUUGUUGGAACUCCAGGCCAUGAAAAAGUACGAAUAUUUAUUGUCCAGUCUUUGGAAGACUUAAAAUGGUCAGUGAAGCUGCAUAGUUUCCAUGAGACCGUACCCAUACUGGGUCAUUUGCAUUUUCACAAUAUUGUGGCCACGCUAAAUCCAAAUGCUGAACGUUAUUUGGUGUUGGCUUGCCAUUAUGACAGUAAAUAUAUGGAAGGGACGGAGUUUCUAGGUGCCACCGAUUCGGCAGUACCCUGUGCAAUGAUGCUAAACUUAGCCAAAGUUUUGGAGCAGCAACUAGAACAAUUCCGUAACACCGAAUUGAGUUUAAUGUUCAUUUUCUUCGAUGGUGAAGAGGCAUUUAAGGAAUGGAGUGCCAAAGAUUCGAUUUAUGGUGCUCGUCAUUUGGCCCGGAAAUGGGAAAAGGAAGGAUUUUUACCUAAACUAGAUUUAUUGGUGCUACUGGAUCUGUUGGGCAUGCCAGAUCCAAAAUUUUAUAGCUUCUUUAGUAAUACAGAAUCUUGGUAUAGCCGCCUGCUAAAUAUUGAAGAUCGUCUUGCCGAUACGGGUCUUAUGGAACGUUAUGUUAGUAGUGGCGUGUCGCGGCCUCAAGACCCUAAUCGCUAUUUUCAACCCAAUGCCUUGAGAUCAUCGUUCAUUGAAGACGAUCAUAUACCGUUUUUGCGGCGCAAUGUUCCUGUGUUACACAUCAUACCAGUGCCUUUUCCCACGGUGUGGCACACACCCGAUGAUAAUGAGACAAUAAUUGAUUACAGUACCACCGAGAAUUUGGCUAGAAUAAUACGUUUAUUUACGCUGGAAUAUUUAAUGGGUACUGUAAGUGAAAUAGACAAGGAUUGGAUAAAAUAGAGAUAUUAUCAAGAGAGAGAGAUAUUGUAAAUAUAAAUUAUUUAAUUAAAAAAGGACACAGCUCAAUUAGAAACCUUGUAGGUGUAAUUCCUAUAUAUAAAAAUAAGCCUUGUUUUGAGAAUACAAUUAUUAUGCCACUUGUUAUUAGGAGAAUACAGAGAUAUUGAAUGGUAUGAUAUCUUUAUAGAAAUUAGUGUCCUUUUCCAAGGGAUUUCAUCGUCACAAACAAACUGAGAAACGUAAUUCCUAAGUUAUGUAUUAUUGUACUUAUUGCUGUUAUAACAAAUUGGCAUCGAUGUGAUGUCUUUUAAAAUUGGUCAAUAUUUUGUUCAUGUAUUUUUAAAUUUUAUAACAUUUAUUGCAAAUGUUUUAUUUUUAUUUUUAAAUUUACUUUAAAUAAAUUGUGCAAUUCACUUAGGUGAUAAUUUAAAAAGAA